GCGCAUGCUCACAACGCACACUUGUUCAUGUGUUUCCGACGUCGGCUCCGGUGGAGGUCACGGUGAACCGUCACAAGCUUGGACCCUGACUCUCAGUUGCCAUGGCGAAGCUAUUCGAGUCCAUUGGGAAGUUGGGAUUGGCCUUGGCCAUUGGAGGAGGCGUGGUUAACUCUGCCCUGUACAAUGUUGAUGCUGGCCACAGGGCAGUCAUCUUUGACCGCUUUAGAGGCGUUCAGGACACCGUGGCUGGAGAAGGAACACAUUUCCUGAUUCCUUGGGUCCAGAAACCCAUCAUCUUUGACUGCAGGUCCCGACCACGCAAUGUUCCUGUGAUCACUGGAAGCAAAGAUCUGCAGAACGUGAACAUCACUCUGAGAAUAUUGUUCAGGCCUGUAGCAAGUCAGCUACCGAGGAUCUUCACCAGCAUUGGUGAGGAUUAUGAUGAAAGAGUGCUUCCUUCCAUCACCACUGAAGUGCUGAAGGCUGUUGUGGCCAGGUUCGAUGCAGGAGAACUGAUCACUCAGAGAGAGUUGGUGUCCAGGCAGGUCAGUGAAGAUCUGACUGAGAGAGCGUCCACCUUCGGCCUCAUUCUCGAUGACGUCUCCUUGACACAUCUGACAUUUGGAAAAGAGUUCACGGAGGCUGUAGAAAUGAAGCAGGUGGCCCAACAGGAAGCAGAAAGGGCGAGGUUCGUUGUAGAGAAAGCAGAGCAACAGAAGCAAGCAGCCAUCAUUUCAGCAGCAGGUGAUUCUCAGGCUGCGCUGCUCAUCGCUAACUCUCUGGCCGUGGCAGGAGACGGCCUGGUGGAGCUGAGGAAACUGGAGGCAGCCGAGGACAUCGCCUUCCAACUCAGCCGCUCACGCAACGUCACCUACCUGCCCUCGGGUCAGGGCACACUGCUGCAACUGCCCCAGUGAGGCACGUAUACAAAAACAAACAUGAACCCACACACUUCAGUGCACGUCCUCUUCCAGGAUAACUUGAUGAAGGACUUAUUCAGUGAUGGCCAGCUCUCCCCUCAAUUUUAUUAGUCUCACUCUUUGGUUGAAGAUAUGGACUACUGGGGAUUUUCCACCAGUGAAAUGGAGUCAAAGGGUGGAUCGGGAACACAGCAGCUCUGCGGUGUGUGUGUUUUGUGUUUGUGUAAUGUAAUGUAAAGUUGAUCAUUUAAUGGCUAAAACAGUCUGAUUGAUACAGAAAUUCCCCCCAAAACAGCACUGGAGUCUUCACGAAUAAGAAAUUAGACAAGUCACGUCUAGUUAAUGGUGGGUGAAAUCAGGUCAUGUGUUCCAGUCUCUCACUCUGUCCCUGUUAGACUGACUUGCUUUUUUUUUUUUUUGUUCAUAUUGGGUUUUUUUUUCUUUCUAAUUGUGUGGCAGAAAGCACACACGUGCAUGCCAGAAGUCACAAAUUAAUAAAACCAUUUCUACUGAAAUGUAACGAAGCAAUCAGUGUGAAUCUGAAUAAAUUACAAACAAGAUUUGGUUCCUAGACUCAGUAUGGAUUAACAAUGACCAUUUAUAAUGCAGGCAUUCUUUAAUUGAAUACACAUCCGAUAAAAUAUGUUCAGUAUUUAAUUCCAUAAGCAAUAUCACAGGUUUAGCCAGUUAUGAAUGUAUGUGUUGGUUUUGGAGGAAAUGGAUGCGGAAACAUCAUUGUUCUUAAGAUUAAAGAUGAAGUUGGUGAGUUUUGAUGCAGAAUGGGAUAUACAGUAUAUAUCUACCCCAUUCUUUAUCGAAAAUAAGUUUAAGCUUUACAAACCAGUUGUCAUUUCUGAUAAGGGAAUAGUUGUUCAUAAAUAAAACAAAUUUUGUCCUCAAACACAA